AAUGCAGGAGAGCACAAAGUGAGUUUGGCGAUAUACAGUGGUGUUCCUAAUAAUGUUUGGACGGUUCACUCUCAUCAUAAGAACUUUGAGAAAAUGAAAAGUCAUCUGCACAGCGCCAGGACUGCCGGGACGUCCUACCGUCAUGAACACAUGCCCUCCAUCGUUGGGUACAAAGGCUUGCUAGUGCAUCCACCAGAGGCCAAGGAGGCAGAAUUGGUGGUAGGCCAAGAAACGAAGGAACUACAAAAAGCUAUAGCUUGAAACUGCGCCAGAAGGGCUGAUAUCCGGCGCCUUGCGCCAGAAGAUUUUGCAGGCAAUCGAAUCGACAAGUGUUUCUCUUCAGACCGCAAGCGCUCCGCGCCAAGAGGUUUUGCAGGCUCCCAUCACAGGAGACAAAUUUGAUGGCAAAAUAAAACAUUAUGCACCUAAACUCAACCUGGGUCGGUGGAACUUCAGCCCUACAGUCCAAUCUAGCAAAAACUGCUACAACUAUGCAAACGACAAAAUUACCGACAGCUAUGCACAGCCUGGUACUGCCAGCGGUGCUCCUUUCAAGUCAAUCACUGCAAAAGCGAUGCUUCGGGCUUCCGAAAGCGAUGGUUUAGUGAAACUGGAUGUUGCACCAAAAGAUUCUUGUCCCAAAGCACCGCAACAACCUAAAUGCUUAGUGGCACUCGUUGUUGCCGAAGGUUAGAAAAAAAUUCAUUCUUCUAUGUAAUUAACCCUCAAAUUACUUUUUAACGAAGAAAAUCAUGAAAGCUGGGCAUUUGAACUUCUUUACGAGUGCUUAGUCAUAAAUUAUGCUUGAAAGAGUAGGUCCGCUGUCACGAUCGUUUUACCGCUCUUAUUGCGUAGAGCUUUACUGAUGCAUACAACCCUUUUGCAUAAUGGGAAAGAGAAAAAGGGAAUAAAUUUCUGGUUCUUGCUCUUCAAUGCAGAUUUAGGACUUAAAAAACUGGUCGAUUUUUACGGUUAUUAUAGUCCAUUUCCAUCCACACUAUUCGUAGCAACAGGCCACUGUAAAUAUUUAGACUCAAUUCAGGAACACUACUCGUAGAAAUUAGUUUCUAUUUGAUUCGCUGUUCCCAACCUUUUUUGCUUUCGUUGCUUUGCUGUUUAGGUGUUGAUUUUCAUUGGUAUCGUCUGGAUGAUAACGAGCGCUGGUCCCAUAAGCCUGGGCCGUCUCCUGCCACUAUCUACGAUGGAAUGGGAAAAUUGAUUUAUGGUCCAAGGAAAACCGCCAAUUCCAAACAUGGUCCACAUUACAAGUUUGUUUCCUUUAUGGAGAUUUUUACAAAUAUAAUAGAUGGUCCUGAUGGCCCACAUUCUUCAUAA